CGAAAUUUCGGACAGAAACUGCCUGUUCAGACAUAUGAAAGAUAUGUUUGUGUCAGAGUUUCAGAAGUCCUUCCCCAUGCUUACUACUUCUCUCUUCUCUCUCUAAACCUCCCAAAUUCUACUUCUUACGUGGUUGUAAAACUUCUCUCAACCUCUCUUUGAAAUGCAAGAUAUUCAUGAUUACUCCAUGACCGGAGGCGGAGGCAGCGGAGGAAGCACAGGGAGGUUUUACGGCGGAGGAAUCGGCGGCGGCGGCGGAGGAGGAGGAGGAGGAGACAGGAGGAUGAGAGCGCAUCAGAACAACAUCCUCAACCACCACCAAUCUCUCAAGUGUCCUCGUUGCAACUCUCUUAACACAAAGUUCUGUUACUACAACAACUACAACCUCUCUCAGCCUCGACACUUUUGCAAAAACUGCCGCCGUUACUGGACCAAAGGCGGCGUCCUCCGUAACGUCCCCGUCGGAGGUGGUUGCCGGAAAGCCAAAAGAUCGAAGUCUAAGCACCCUCCGCCGUCGUCUCCUUCCUCCGCCGACAAACCAACGGCUCAAGACGCCGAGGAGAAAUCAAGUAGCAGCGAGAGCUCUUCUCUUACCGCCUCCAACUCCACCGUCGCCGCCGCAGCCACCGCGAAGGUUGCCUCUUCGGGUGUUAUGGACACUACUGAUAUGCCUAAUCUCAAACAGUACGGAAACGGGAUCGAAUGGUCGACUUUGCUCGGACAGGGCUCAUCGGACGGUGGAGUUUUCUCGGAGAUCGGCGGUUUUACACCGUCGACGGUUGAAACGACGCCGUUUGGAUUCGGGGGUAGUUCCGUAAAUCAACAGUGUAUAGCUGAUCAUCUGAAGUUGGAAGGUAGUAACACUUUACCUCAGCAGUUUGGAGAUCCAACGGCUCAGGUUGAUCCAAACAUGGGAUUUGAACCGUUGGAUUGGGGAAGUGGUGGAGGAGAUCAAACACUCUUUGAUCUAACGAGUUCAGUUGAUCAUGCAUACUGGAGUCAAAGUCAAUGGACGACGUCGUCUGAUCAAGAUCAGAAUGGUCUCUACCUACCUUAAUUCUCACAGUUUCUUCUCCUUAACCAAAAAAAAAAUAUAUUAUACACAUAAGGUAAAGUUUGAUGAAGUGUUGUUUUUUUUUAAAUAUAUUUUGUUUUACGUAAUGGGUUGAAAACUGGAUUUAUUAUAAUAUAUAUAUGACUGCUUGUAAAUUUUUUUCCUCCAAAUAUAAAAUUUACCUCUUGUUUCCUAGUUUUUGGAAUAUCCCAAGAGUGCAGAUUUAUGUGGCAUGGUUUUAUUUUUGGCUUCGGUUUACUUAUCGUUGUAUAUUUGAUAAGAUUUUAAAUUUUUCUGUGAUUUUGUUUUUCUGCUGUUGUUGUUUAAUAAUAUUAUAUCUUGCUUGGGCAUACAAAAACUUAUCU